AUGGAUACAACAUUUCCAAAAAUUGUGGCCGCCAGCAUUGACGGCAGAGUGCACAAUGUACGGUAUCGCCAAGACCAAUUCCACCGUUUACAGUCCGCUAUACUUCGCGAUCUCGAGGAGAUCAAACACUCAAUCUCCCAGGAGUUUAGUCGCAGUGCCCAGGAAGUACAGGUGGAGAUCUGUCUGGCACUGAAAGAUAAUGAGUACUUGGUUGCCAACGGACACGGCAACAUUGAUAGAAGGCGCGGGGCAGGGAUUGUGUACAUUUUGCCCACUCGCCAUACCCUCUUCUAUUCGGUUAUAGCAGCGCUAAGUGCAGCGCUUGCGGCUGGGAAUUGUAUUAUUUUGGAGCUUCCACAGACCACUUCUCUAGUCUCCUCUUUGCUUCGCGGACUCCUUUCACAAACACUAGAUGGAGAUAUUUUCGCCAUUGCCGAUGAGCGACCGGAACGGGAAUUUUUGAGUACAAUGGUGCUCGUUGACCAACAGGUUGACCUUCUCAAGCAGAGAAUCUUCCUCACCUGGUCCUGGCACAACGUUGGAGCCCGGCGGACUGCUACCGCCACGGUGCAGGUAUCUGGCUGCAUACUGAGCGGCAGUCUCCAGGAAGGCGUCAAGACAAAAUUCGUUGACAAGGACGAUAUCCGAUGA